AUGGUCACUUGGACUGUAGAUGCGACCGCCAUGAUACCUGCAAUGCGAGCGAGACUAUCAGAUGGUUAUGUUAGUUCUCCCGGGCUGCUGACACCCAGGUGCGACCGUUUCCAGAUUCACCUCUCCGUUCUGCGGACUGCGCACUCAUGGGUUAAUUAUCCGACGGCAUCCGAUGCCGUGCUUCGAAGCGCGCACAGGAUUCCAGUGUUUGAACUCCCCAUGCUGAACCGAAUGGUCAUUGGCAAGUGA